GUUUCUGUGGAUCGUUGAGGUUCAGUGACUCGGUUUAUCUGCUUGGACCGCUUGUGUUUCUUCCGUUUGCACUGGAGCUGAAGGCUGUAAUGGAGGUGAAGUGGAUGAUGUUGCUGCUGUCAACACACUGGUGUUACUCGACUGAGUUUUAUUCUUCAACAGAUCAUAUGACUCAACUGAUUGACAUCCAAAGAGAGUUUGCUCAAUGUCUCAGUGAAUAUACAGAAGCACUGCAGAGACUGACGGACAUUCUCAAGAGGGCUGUUAAUGCGCUAGAGUGUACAUCUGAAGACACAGAGACAUUCAUCAGCAAUCCUCUAGCAGCGUAUCGGCUUGUGAGAAAACUGAAUAAAGUCUGGACAAUCACAAGAGAAGUUCUAGAAGAAGAAAACGUACAAGACAGUUUGAAGAAAGUGCGUUCGGCGGCUCAGAUGUUACCCGGUCCUGAUGACGUUGAAGGUUUAGUGAUGGCUCUGCUCAGACUGCAGGACAUCUACAGAUUACAUCCCACAAACAUCUCUGGGUUUUCCGAAGUAAAGCACAACAUAACACUGGAUGCAGAUGAAACCUUUGACAUUGCAGUGAUGUCGUAUCAGAACCAGAGGUUGGGUUCGGCUCUUGUGUGGAUGCUGGAGACCCUCAGAAAACUCAACGCCGGUGAGAAAGCCACCGUCAGCAGAGAAGACCUUCUGUACCAUCUCGCGUUAUUCUCCUGUCACCUGUCAGCUGUCAAAGAUCUGAUGAAUGUGAGAGAUCGGCCUGCAUGUUCCGCACACAUGAUAGAGACGAUGAAGACGUGGGAUUGGACAGAAGUCAGCGCUCACUUUGCCACAGCACUGGAACACACGUCACACGAGGAGAACACGUAUGAGAGUCUGUGCACAGGCAGGCGACUUAAGUCGAGGACAGAGAGAGGGCUGGUGUGCAGGUACAGGAGAGGACGGCUGGGGAUUUAUGCUCCGUUCAAAGAGGAGGUGGAGUGGACACAGCCGCUGAUUCUGAGAUAUCAUGACUUCACGUCAGAGCGAGAGAUGAACAUCAUCAAAACACUGGCCAGACCCAAGCUUUCCAGAGCUAAAGUCUCAGAUCCGGUGUCUGGGAAAAAGUUUUCUGCGGAAGUCCGAGUGUCAAAAAGCGCUUGGCUCUCUGAAGAUGACGAUCCUCUCAUCACACGGAUCAAUCAGAGAAUCACUGAUGUUACUGGCUUAGAUCUGGAGACAGCAGAGGAGCUUCAGGUGGCAAACUAUGGGAUUGGAGGCCAGUAUGAGCCGCAUUAUGACUCAAAGCUGGCCAAUGACUCCGAUUUUCAGCUCAGAGGUGGCCGGAUUGCCACUCUUUUAAUCUAUAUGAGCGAUGUGGAUGUGGGAGGGGCGACAGUGUUUCCAAACAUUGGCGCAGCACUUCAGCCGAAGAGAGGUUCUGCAGUGUUUUGGUUUAAUCUGCUGAGAAAUGGAAGUGAAGACGGCAGGACCUUACAUGCCGCGUGUCCUGUGUUUGUCGGCAACAAAUGGGUCGCCAACAAGUGGAUUCGUGCUGGAGGACAGGAGUUCAGGAGAAAGUGCUCGACCGUCCAGUCUGAGUAACAACGGCUUCAGGAGAAACACACACACAGAAUAAUGCCACUGUAAACAAACGUUUAGGCCCAAUUCUAUUUCCUACCCCUUCCCCUUGAAACAAAGUGGCGAGGAGAAGGGUUACAAAUUUUCUGCUAAGAAAUGGGCCACCACUACUACACUGGUACACGUCAUCAUAUACGCCGUUGCUAGCUCCUAACGUUACGUCAGAGGACAUGCGCCGAUGCACCGGGUAUAUGACAUGAACAUAUAU